GCCACAGGAGAUUCCUGCUUGCGCCCCAAGUAUAGAGAGCUGGGUCGAUCAAAAGAGACCCCCCUUAUCACAGAAACCACCACCUCCCCUGAUCAAAGUAAGCCCUCUGUCCUCUGCUCACGACAGAUGCAGACGUCAUCUCUUUGUCAAUGUCUUUCAACCUUCGUGUUGUGUUUACACGGAACGAGGGCCAGGCUGGCUGGCUCUGCAGCUGUGUGCAAGGCAGUGAAUCCUUCCUGGUAUAUAUAAAAGGUGCAGCAGCAGGGCAUCUACAGGAGCCAACCACGAGGAGACCAGUGCCCAGCAUACAAAAUCCUCGCUUCAUCAUGUGCAUCAAAGCUGCCCUCCUAGCAGUGCUGCUGGCCACCUUCUCAGCUUCUCCAGCCAAUCUUCAGCGGAGCCGCGUCUGGGACUACUUCAGCCAAUUGACUCACGACAAGGGCAGCACAGAGCAAGCCCAGCAGCUGAAAGGAGGGCAGGGGGUGAAAAACAUGAAGGAAAGUCUCCAAGAUGGAGCCAACUACGUGGGACACGUCCUUGAGAAGUUGACCCCAGUACACAGGGGAUUCCAACCCCAGUUCUACCAAGAUGCCGAUGGACUUCGGCAGAUCAUCCAGAGGGAGGUCGAAAGCCUCCGGAGGAAACUUUCUCCUUAUAUGGAUGAGGCGCACCAAAAAAUCAGCCAGAACUUAGAAGGUCUCCGUCUCCGCCUGACUCCCCUCACAGAGCAGCUGAUGGAACAGGUCUCGCUAUGCGCAAGAGAAUUGCACCAGCAUUUCAGGCCCAACCUCAACGCAGAGGGUCUGUUGAUGGAAACUCCAGGUGCGGUCCAGAAGUUUACAGCCUCUUAUGCUGAAAAGGCAGCUACCUUUAUUGACCAGGUGAAGGAGAUUUUCCUCCCAUAUGCUGACAGGUUGGCAACUGAGAUCCACCGUACCAUGGAAGAACUCCACAAAAGCACAACACCUCACACUGCGGUUAUGGGCCAGCGACUCAGUCAGUAUCUACAAGAAUUCUCCGGCAAGCUCACCCGCAAUGUGAAGGUUCUCCAUCUCCAAAUUGAAAGGAACCUAGAGCAACUCAAGGUGCAGCUGAGCCUUCACCCCAACACGUGGGUUGCACAUCCUUCCCACAGGAGCCAAGAAAACCACCAGCUGUCUGUGGACCUGGAAAAUAUGGCUCAGGAGGUUCAGGAGAGAAUUGAGGAGUUCAGGAGAGAUACAAUCCUUCAGAUAGACAACUUCACAAGGACCACGGACAGGGAGAUGGAAGAAAUGAAGUCCAAGCUGUCUCCCACAACCUCAUACUUGGAAGAGUUCCAGGAAAACUCCACGCCACUGGAAGACUUGCAUGUCAGGCUAGACUCCCUGUGGAAGGAUAUUUUCCAGAGUCUCAAUGAGCCGAGCACUAGCUUAUACUGAAGUUUUGUGCCCAGGCAAAUUAGGCAGUGGAGGCCUCUUUGAAAUAACCUGCUUUUGGGGUGGGGGAGAUCAAACCCUUCUGAGCAGUAGUGGUUUCCCUAGACUGCCACAUCAGACUUUAAUGGUUGGGACCUAUUUUGGGCACGUUGCUCCUCCUGUGGCUCUUUUAUUCUCCUUUUCAAAAUUACAGGGCCUUAGAAUUAUUGGAUACAGCUAAGCUCAAUACAUCAUCUCUUGCGGCAAACAGUAUUUUCUCCCCUCUCCUUUUCUCUAUUACAGUGGUGCCUCGCAAGACGAAAAGAAUCCGUUCCGCGAUUCUU